UACGACAACCGGAAACUGCAUUUCUGCUACCUUGUCAGCUAACCGCUCUUCUCGUGUGACCUGCUGUGUCCUCCAGAACUGUAACUCUGACAGCCGGUCAUUUAAGGACAAAAACAGCCAAACCAUGGUUUUCGAGGAGAAGAUGAUCCUGAACGGAGAGCCAGAGGAUGAGGAAGAAGAAGAGGAAGAGGAGGAAGACCUGGUGGAUCCUCUGGAAACAAUGCGACAGAAGUGUGCAGAGACAGAGCACUGCGUUCACACUCAAGAGCGUCUGGAGGACUGUGAGACCAGGGUUGGCUCCCGGUCCUCGACGGCGGAGGAUUGUACUGAGGAGUUGUUUGACUUCCUGCAUGCUCGGGACCACUGUGUGUCACACAAACUGUUCCACUCGGUGAAAUAAACCCUCCCUGACUGAUAUAUUCUUCCAUUAUUGUAUUAUGAAGAGAACAUGGUUUUAAAGUAUCCAUAUGUGGAUCUGCUGUAUGUUGAAAAUUAAAAUGUAUGCUAUAAUGUAUCUGCUUUUGUGAAACUGAAUAUUUAACAAGGUAGUCAAGAUUUCAAUAAAGUGGAUUGUGUGAAAACCUUA